AUGAGUUCGAUUUUCAUUCCGCAUCUUCGAACAGGUUGGCAUGUUGACCAGGCCAUUUUAUCAGAGGAUGAAAGGCUUGUGAUCAUCCGGUUUGGUAAAGACUAUGACCGCCUGUGCAUGAUCAUGGAUGAGAUUCUUUACGGGAUAGCAGAGAAGGUCAAGAACUUUGCUGCUAUCUAUGUCUGUGAUAUUGAGCAAGUUCCUGACUUCAACGAAAUGUAUGAGCUCUACGAUCCUUGUACAGUUAUGUUCUUCUAUCGCAACAAGCAUAUGAUGUGUGACUUUGGCACCGGCAACAACAACAAGCUCAAUUUCCUUAUAGACAAUAAACAAGAUAUGAUUGAUAUCAUUGAGACGAUUUACAGGGGUGCUAUCAAGGGUAAGGGCUUAGUUGUUAGUCCGAAGGACUACAGCUCCGCGAGAUUACGGUGA